AUGGAGGCGAUUAAGAAGAAAAUUGCGGCGCUGAAGCAGGAGAUGGACGCCGCUAAUGAGAAAGUCGAGGCGAACGAUGCAAAGGCAAGAUCGGAGAACUUUCGAGCGGAUAAGCUGAAGGACGAUCUAAGGGAUCUGGAGAAGAAGCUGGCUCAGCUCGAACGUGAUUACACGGUUACCAAGGCGAAUUUGGAGCAAUCCACCGCUGACUUGGAACAAUGUGAAAAAUCCUGGUCUAAGGCGGAGCAAGAUCGAACCACGCUGACCAAGAAGGUGCAGGAAAUUGAGGCAACGUUGACGAAAAAGGAGGAACUGCGACUUUCGGCUCAGUUGAAACUGGGACGUGCCACGGAACUCGCUGAUGAUGCUCAGAGAAUGUGCAAAGUACUGGAAGACAGAAGCCGAUUGGACGAAGAACGUAUGGGAAAAUUGAUGCAAGAGUUGAAAGACGCGAGAUUAAUCGCUGAAGACGCGGACGCCAAGUCCGACGAAAUAUCGAAGAAACUGCAGUUCGUUGAGGAAGAACUGGAAGGCGCUGAGGAGAGAGUGAAGACCAGCGAGGCGCUAAUCAACGAGUGGAAGAGUUCAAAAUACAACUAAAAGAGCUGAAGAAAAAGCUGAGAGAAGCCGAGAAACGCGCCAUCCUGGCUGAAAGAACGGUGAAGAAGUUGCUGAAGGAUGUCGACAUGAAGGAAGAUGAGUUGAGAGAAGAGAAGGAGAAAUACAAAGCGGUCUGCGACGACAUGGACGCCACGUUCGCAGAAAUGACAGGAUAUUAAAGCCUCGGAGAUGGAUGGAGUUCCUUUUAUUUUGCUACUCUGAGCUUCUUCCGCUUAAUCGCUAUAUUUAAUAAUGGACAUCGAUCGGCUGUGUUCAGCUACGCUGACUUAUAUAGCGC